GCUCACUCCCAAAGCCCACGCGGCAAUGUCGCAAGACUAAUAACCCAAGGCAUCUGCAGCUUCCUCACCAAUGCUCAGCCCAAGUUCGGCGCAGCCAUGACCGAGCAUCAGUCCCCAAUUGCUGCACGACUCGCGUCUCAGCGCAUCGUGGACCUCGGUCCUUGGAAUCGUCGCACGACCGAACCUUAACCAUCCGGGCAUGAGGCAUGACUUCGACCACCAUGUCAGCCGCGUCGCUCCUCUUCCUCAUCGUCUACAACUUCCUCUACUACUUUCUCUACCUCGUCCUAUUUGCCUUCCUCGUCGUCACUCCGAUCGAUCUCAUCCAGCAGGGCGUACAGCUCCAUCGAAACUACGACAUCCUCGUCGUCCUCAUUUGCUACGUCGUGACCAUCCUGGUCGUCGCCUUCAUCUACGCCUCCCGCCUCUAUAUCAGUCGCUCCGUGCUUGCGUCUAUACCGAAAGGAUGGGUUCCUAUCGAGAAGGGCGACGUCCCGUCCGACGUGCGCCAGAUGAUCGUCGAGGGGCUCGCCAGGAGCGCCGCGAUCGCAUACGACGCCAGGCCGCGGGUGCCACUUGUGGUGCUCGGAUCAGGGCCCGCCGCUGGUAGUGGAGGAAAUAGGCAGGCGUCUGCCAAUUCUGCUGCACCUGGGCCGUCAAUUGCCGAAUCCAAGAAGAGCGCUCCGCCCAGGGGCCCCGCGGCACCCAGGGAGGCAAAAGCCACCAAGCCCUCACAACCCAAGCCGGUCUGGGGCGAGAUUGAACAUCCAGGCUGGGGAUCGCCCUUGUCGCACGACCUUCCCAGCCUGCAGUACGACACCGUCGUCACGGAGCUGCCUAACCUCAUCGAGGCGAAGGCGAUCACCCUUGCCCCCCCAGAUCCGGAAUCCCACUCGGAGCCACCGGCACCGGACCCAGAUGCAGUCGCCCUUCUCCAGAAACCGGAGUUCAUGGGGUUACGCGAGUAUCUCGCCUACCUCACCGAAUUGGCCGUCCUCGCACCGCUGCCCCUGACGGGCGAAUUUCUCGAGAAGUACGAAGCAGCCCGCUACUCCGGGCGCCCGUUGUCCAACGACCGGUUCCGCAGCCUGAUGCACCUCUUUUCCGAGGUCCUACGCCACAUGUACCCUCUCAGCCCCGCCGCGCUGGCGAGAUACGAAGACGACGGCUCGUCCGGCCCCGCCCCCUCGGAAAGCGACAUCGACAACGAUGCGCCGCGCGGCACAAGCCCGUCGAGCAACGGGACCUCUCGGGGGAUGUUCAUCAUGUCCGGUGCCAGAGACGGUGGCGGCCUGGAUCGUCGGUCGAGCUCCAGCACGGACGGCUCGAGACGGCGCCGGCCGGGACUUGGGCUGCGCAACUCGUCGGCAAAUACAUGGCAGUACCGCACCGCUCCCACGACGCCCAAGAGCCGGCAUACCGGUUUCUCGAGGAAGUCUAGCUCGGAGAGCUUUUCACACACCAGGCACCCCUACCCGAUGACCCAGUCGUCCAGCUCCAGCUCGCGGAGCUCGCGGUCCGGGGGAGCCGGCUCGGUCAUUCGCCUGGCUGGCGCCGAGGACGCGACGGAUCUUCCCUACGUUUUGACGUAUUAAGCCAGUGGGUCACUGCUGCAGUCUUGGGUUUCUCGGAGUAGAAAAAGGGCGCGGGGGGCUGGGAGGUGUCGGGAAAAGCGUAU